GAGGUCCUACUUAACAUUCUGGUUGUGGUGAUACUGAUCAUUUCGAUUCCUCUGAUGAUGUCGAGCGGUGAGAAUGGUAGAAGUUAACAACGUUAGGCCAUUGUGAUAAAUGCCAUGCCCAUCUCUGUGUUAAGGUCUCUCUCGUCACCUGUAGACCUGUCGAAGAUCCAUAGAUAAGAGAAGACCAUGCAGUGCCCAACAGCUCCUCCUUCCUCUAAUAAGCUCUCCGCCGGUUUGCAGCAUCAGCAACAGCAGCAACCACCACCGUCGGCUCACGACUUCACCAAAACUAUCGUUCUGGCGUCGACGCCGUUUGGUAUGGUUCCUGAUGGGUGGACUGGUGUUGCUGAUGGUGCCCAAAUCCAGUACCCUGUUUUCGGUGCUGCCAACGUUGGACAGGAAAACGCCAGUGCCAAUUCCUUCGAGAAUAGCACGGAGAAGAGAAAAGCUCCUAAAUCCAAGCAGCAGGAAAGUCGCAGCAGUGGCGCAGAGGAAGAAGGAACAGCCAGAGGAGGUGCAACAUCCAAGAAUAAGAAGAAAGCGUCAGGAUCAGACGCUACGAAGGAGACCGAUUACAUCCAUGUAAGAGCUCGCCGGGGACAAGCCACCGAUAGCCAUAGCUUAGCCGAAAGAGUGAGGAGGGAGAGGAUCAGCGAAAGGAUGAAGUACUUGCAGGAGUUGGUGCCUGGAUGCAGUAAGAUCAUGGGGAAAGCCAGCACGCUUGAUGAGAUCAUAAACUAUGUGCAGUCUCUCCAAAGACAAGUCGAGUUCCUGUCUAUGAAGCUCGCUGCUGCAGAGCCCAGAAUGCACCUCAGUAGUAGCAACUUCUUCGACAGAGAAGAGCAGUUAAAUGCACCCUGCAAUUCCAGUAGUGUUCCGGUAAUGGGGGUGUCAUCAGAUCAACUCAAGCACUCCGGCCUUCAGUUGGCCUCCCUGCAGCAGGAUGCCUUGGCUUCAUGCCUCGAUGUUCACGGAUGCUCUACCUGGGACGCCGGUUUGCACGGCUUCCAUGAUGGGGAAAUCCACCGAGGGAGUCAUCUUUGUCCUGGCAAUCAGUGCAAGGUAAAUAAUAAUACUUCGAUCGCUGUUUGCAGCCAGGCAGAAACAGCACCUUUUGCUUUGUGGGAAGUCUCUUACCCCACAAUCUAAAGAUGGAGAUGCGAUUACAGUUGGAUUUGAUGGUCUCGGAUGUUGGAGGUACCAAUUGCCGAGGUCAGUGACUUAACGCAGAGGAUGGGUUCAAGACUGGUGCUGGUAACAAGAUCUUUGUGCACUGCGUUAAACAUCGUCUUGCAUCUCCCUACUCCUGUAUUGUCCCUACUGUUUUAUCGUUGAGGAGUACUGGGAAUACUCGUCUCCUAAGGAUCCAUUGGAAUUCUCUUAAACAAGAGAAGAUAUAUAUAU